AUGCACUUCUCUCCAAUGUACUUGUCAUCAAUAGUGUUUCGAUUCAUGUUGCUUAUUACCAGCUCCUUUGCCAACCAACGCAUACAACUGUACCCUCUUGGAGGAGAUACUUUACAACAUAUAAAUGACUUGAAAGAUUUACCACCAAUUCAUCAAUUUAGGAAUGUAGAGGAUUUGCAACAAAAUAUGCACCAAUUUCUAAACAAAAUCAACUACACAAAUAAUCCACGCCCAAUUGUUAUCCAUCUCACUGAUUCAAACAGCUUAGUUUUUCCUGACGAUGUAGUAUUCAAAGAGCAAAUUAAACACACAGAGCAACCUCCUUUCAAACCUCAAAAUUAUGUUUCUUCACCAUCCCCACCAGAAGAUUGGAUUGAGCUUUAUGGCUCAGAUAUCAUCCAACAAUCAAGUACACAAGCAAUAGAAAUCCAAACCCUAUCAACAGUGCUUGAUGAUAGUGCAAGAGGUGAAGUUGCUUAUUCAACUGGACGAUUGAAAAAAGUAUCUAGUGAAUAUGAUUCCAAAAUGUCAUUAUAUCUUGGAUUUAUUGCCUUUAUAGGUAUCACCUCGGGUCUAACAUUUGCUCCCGAAUUUGAAUUUUCAACCAGUUUUUCAAUUUAUUAUACAUGUCCAGUAUUAGCUGGGGAAACCGUUGUUGUUAAAGUGUAUCCUACAUUGACUACUUUUACCCCAUAUACCAAGAAAUUGAAAUGGGAUCAUAAAUUACUGAAAUUUGCAACUAAAUUACCAUUUUCCAAGUUACAAAAAGUUUCAUUAUUCGCAUUAACAGGUCUGGAAGAUGUUGAGUGCUUUUACAUAUGA